GAAUUUAAAAAAGUAGGAGUCCCACCGUAAAGAGAGAAGCUAUGGAAUACUGUUUUACAUCUUUUGGAAAAACCUGCUUCCCAUCGUACUCAUUUGGGUUCUCAUUAUGCUUGGAACCCUAGCCCUUAUUCUUAACCGCAUAAGUGAUGUUUCAGCUGCAAUAGACCAGAAGAGCAUCAAUUAUAAGGAAAAAACAACUGAAGAUGUAGAGGAUGUUACGCACAAAGUAUACUUCGACACUGAAAUUAAUGUAAAACCUGCAGGUCGUGUGGUCAUAGGUCUCUUUGGGAACACUUCCAAAAACUGUAGAAAAUUUCCGAGUUCUUUGUACAGGAGAAAAAGGGAUGGGAAAGAACGGGAGAAAUCUCCACUAUAAAGGAAGUGCUUUUCAUAGGAUCAUGCCUAGCUUCAUGAUCCAGGGAGUUGGCUUCACUAGUGGGGAUGGGAGAGGUGGAGAAUCGAUAUAUGGCAACAGCUUUGCAGAUGAGAACUUCAAACUAAAGCACAUUGGUUCUGGAAUUCUAUCAAUGGCGAAUGCUGGACCAGAUACCAACAGAUCACAGUUCUUCAUCACCACAGUGGCAACAAGCAGGUUGGAUGGGCAGCAUGUUGUGUUUGGCAAAGUCCUAUCCGGGAAGAUUGAUAAGUCCUAUUCUGGUACGUACCCAGCCUAUAAGGCAUCCGUUUUUUCGAUCAAUAAAUUGCCUCACGUUGCCAAAAUAUAUUGUUUACCUAAAUUGGCUCUCGUAGCUGGAAUUAAACUCCAUCACACUUUAUUCUAAUUAAACUGGUUUAAAUGGAAACUAACACCUUCAGUUUCUCCCUACAAUCUAGCGCCAUCAUUACAAUUACUCAACAUUUUUGUUUGUGUAAAUUUAAACUUUUUAUAAUGAGGUUUGUUAACAUAACGUGUUACAAGAACAUAAGAAAAUAGCUGAAAAAAUUUCAAAGAUGUAAUAAUAAAAACAUACUCCGUAAGAUAUUGAAAUUAAAAAAAAAAAUAAUCGUGGUGCAUAUCCAAAACUUUUAGAUGGAAAUAGUAUUUUUAAGUUUAACAUUUCAAAAGUAAACACAAAGUAAAUGAAGAUUAGUCAUGUAAACAAAGUGAGUUAUACGUUCCUUUUUAAAAAAAGAUUAAUGUUUAAAAAAGGGGCAUUUUACAUUUCAUAUACAUAUCAUACCUGGCGGGUCUACCCCACCCGAUUCCGAGACCCGUUUGGUCUGGGUCCGGGUCCAAAUUUUUAGACCCGUCGGAUAAACGGGUCAGGUACGGAUCUAUUAUUAGCUUAUCGGGUGCGAGUCUGGAAUACUACGUCCGACCCAGACCCGACCCAUUGACAGGCCUAGGCGGGCGGGUGCAGGGUUCGCAUAGGGUGACAUCAUACUUUUUAUUAAUGAAAAUUUAUUUUAAAAAUAAUAAAUUUUUCCUGCCGUCUCUUCGAUAUGCAGCGCCAUUAGCUACUUUCUCCUGCCGUCUCUUCUCUCUCGUAAGUCUUUAUUAUUUACUCAUCAAUUUGAAAAUGUGAAUACCUAUACAGUAAAAUCGUCUGUUCAUUUUCAUCUUCUUCACUAGAUAGCAACUGCUUUCUCUAUUCAUUUUCUGAGCUUAUUUUUGACCGACGACAUUACCUUAACAAGGACUCAGCGUAGUAAUCCGGGGAUUUAAUCUGAAUCUCAUCGGUUGAUCGGAGGUCGGUAUGUACUACUCCGUUUUCUCUUUGUCUCUAUUUCUCUGUUUUAUGCUUUAUCAUUCUCUGAGAAGAGAUGUUCGUUGAUCUUGGAGUUGAUGUUCUCUAGUAGAUCGUCAGGUUCAGCUCCGGUGGUUUUUUUUUAAUUUGUUUGUAUCUUUGAUCACCCGAAAUAAAAAGUCCAAUGUUCAUGGAGAUGAUUCUUUCCUGUGGAUGGCCGGGCCGGCCAAUCUCUGGUCCGGAGAUAGACUGAAAUUUUUUGCAUGAAAUUUUGUAAUAUUCUCCCCUUAUGGAAUUUCUCUGCAAUUCCAUUUUGCUUUUACUGUCAUUGUUUUAAUUUCUUUGUUGCUUGUGCUCGUGCCUAUAUGCAUAUUUUUAGCUCUGACAUUUCAUUUCUACUUUUACCUAAACCCUAACUGCAACCCGGUGCCUUUUGAUUUCAGCAUCAAGGUUUUUUCUAUGGCAUGCAUCAGAACAUAUAUAGAAUUGCCGGAUGACUUUUACAACUUUUUUAGGUAUUAUGUAUGCGUAUCAAUGAUUCAAUCGGUCAAUCCUACUCAAGUUUCUUUUGAUACGCUUGAGUAUCCUAGAGCUUACGUGACAGGCUAUCGGUUACACAUAGCUAUCAAUUGUACUCGUUGUACCUCCUUAGACUAUUGUAGUCAUGUGUCUAUAAAUACUUUUGGUACUAUUAAUGAAAAAAGUUGUAAAAGUCAUCCGGCAAUUCUGUACAUGUUCUGAUGCAUGCCAUAGAAAAACCUUGAUGCUGAAAUCGGAAGGCGCCGGGUUGCUGUUAGGGUUUAGGUAAAAGUAGAAAUGAAAUGUUAGAUCUGAUAAUAUGCAUACAGGCACGAGCACAAGCAACAAAGAAAAUUAAAAAAUGACAGAGCCAUAAGGGAAGAAGAUUACAAAAAUUCAUGCAAAAAAUUUCAAUCUAUCUCCGGACCAGAGAUUGGUUGGCCCGACCAUCCACAGGAGAGAAUCAUCUCCAUGAACAUUGGAUUUUUUAUUUCGGGUGAUCAAAGAUACAAACAAAUUAAAAAAAAACCACCGGAGCUGAGCGUGACGAUCUACUAGAGAACAUCAACUCCAAGAUCAUCAAACAUCUUCUUCUUGGAGAAUGAUAAAGCAUAAAAUAGAGAAAUAGAGACAAAGAGAUGACAGAGUAGUACAUACCGACCUUCGAUUGACCAGUGAGAUUCAGAUUAACUUCCCGGAUUACUACGCUGAGUCCUUGUUGAGGUAAUGCCGCCGGUUAAAAAGAAGCUCAAAAAAUGAACAGAGAAAGCAGUUGCUACCUAGUGAAGAAGACGAAAAUGAGCCAGGCGAUUUUACUAUAUAGGUAUUCACAUUAUCGUAUUGAUGAGUAAAUAAGAAAGACUUACGAGAGAGAAGAGACUGCAGGAGAAAGUAGUUAAUGGCGCUGCAUAUCGAAGAGACCGCAGGAGAAAGUAGUUAACGGCGCUGCAUAUUUAUUUUGAUCCUAAGGCAUUAUAUCAAUUUUGUCAUUACAGAUAUAGUAUUCCUAGGUGUAAAAUUUUGUCCGGAUAUGCAUUAGCACGUACGAGUACUCAGCAUUAUUUAGAAAAAUGGUACCACUAAUGGUUUCAAUUCCUCAAACCUCACUCAUUCCCUCAAUUACCAGUAUAAAAUUUAUUAUUUUAAAAAUACAUUUUCAUUAAUAAAAAGUAUAAUGUCGUCCUAUGCGCAUCCUGCACCCGCUCGCCUAGGCCUGUCAAUGGUCCGGGUCGGACGUAGUUUUCCAGACCCGCACCCACUAAGUUAAUAAUAGAUCCGGACCCGACUCGUUUACCCGACGGGUCUAAAAAGUUGGAUCCGGACCCAGACCAAACGGGUCCCGAAAUCAGGUCAUGUAGACCCACCAAGUAUGAUACGUAUAUGAAAUGUAAAAUGACCUUUUGUAAACAUUAAUCCUUUUUUAAAAACAAACGUAUAACUCACUUUGUUUACAUGACUAAUCUUUAUUUACUUUGUGUUUACUUUUGAAAUGUUAAACUUAAAAAUACUAUUUCCAUCUAAAAGUUUUGAAUAUAUAUGCACGACCAGUGAUCGAUUUUUUUUAAUUUCAAUAUCUUACGGAGUAUGUUUUUAUUAUUACAUUUUUGAAAUUUUUUCAGCUGUUUUCUUAUGUUCUUGUAACACGUUAUGUUAACAAACCUCAUUAUUAAAAGUUUAAAUUUACACACAAAAAUGUUGAGUAAUUGUAAUGAUGACGCUAGAUUGUAGGGAGAAACUGAUGGUGUUAAUUUCCAUAUAAAGGGGGUGUUUGGAACUGAUUCUGCUUCUGCUUCUUUUUUAAAGCAGAAGCAGAAUAAGUUUUCAGAAGCUGGUACCCCCCAGCUUCUAAAAAAACUGAUUCUAGGAGUAAAUUAGAGCACCAGAAUCACUUCUGCAUUUUCACCCAAACACUCCAACUUCUGCUUCUGCUCCCUGAAGGAGCAGAAGCAGUUUUAAGAAUCGGAUCCAAACACCCCCAAACUAGUUUAAUUAGAAUAAGGUCUGAUGGAGUUAAUUCCAAUUAGAAGAGCCAAUUUAGGUAAACAAUAUAUUUUGGCAAUUUAUUGAUCGAAAAAACGGAUCCCUUUUAGGUCGGGUAAGUACCAGAAGUAUUUAGAGACACAUGACUAUAAUAGUCUAAGGAGGUAUAACGAGUACAAUUAAUAGCUAUGUGUAACCGAUAGCCUGUUACGUAAGUCCUAGGAUGAGUCCGACCUUGCUAGAAUACCGGCAAAGCUCGAACCCACUUGAUCAGGUCGACUUGGAUGUGGGUUACUUUCGCGGGUCAUGAUCUCCCGUUAGGUCCAGUUGGUUUUAUUGAUUAAUUAAUCGUGAUUAAUUGGAUUAUUUUAUUAGUAUCGCUUGAUGGGCUUCACGUGUGUGAUGCUUAUUUUGGCCAUGGUCACCGUUCAUGGUACCAUGAAGGUCUAAUGAAAUAAGCCAGAUGGUUACAAAUAUCUAAAGAUAAAAAAAAUCUAAAAAGGUGUAAACAGGGGCCUAGCUAGGGGAGGGUCAGCCCUGGCCCUGGCUCAGCCCAAAUUUAAAAAAUGUCUAAAUUUAUAGUGUAAAAAGUUUCAUGUGAAAUUUUUUUCAAAAAUAUUCUUUUUACCGGCUCAGUCCGGCCUAGUGCCCUGGCUCCGCCCCUGGGUGUAAAUAUAUGAAAAAAUAACAUCUCAUAAAUAAAAUUUUUGUAGUUUAAAUGAAAAAAAUACUCCGUAUCUAAAAGAUGUAAAAAUAAUUAUGAGAUCUUAAUUAAACAAUUGGAUCUAUUACAAAAUUUAAUCCUAAAAUAAUCUAUCAAUCGGAUAUUAGGAUUUUUGUAAAAAAUACGGAGUAUUAACUUAGACUUAUGUUUAUUGACGAAGCAUGAUUACAAUUAACUUUUUCACCGUAAACGUUCUUCAAUUUUUAUUUAAGUUUUAUACGGAGUAUAUGUUACAUUUGACAUUUUUUUUACAAAAUUGUAGCAAAAACAUACAAGUCAUAGUUAUAGCAUUUUAAACAAAAAAUACCCGCACAGUAGCUGAUUGAGUGGUGGGAAAUUUAGAUCAAGAGACUAAAGAUCGAAUCCCGCAGUGACUGUGUGGAGGUUACAAACUCUGAAAUGAGCUGGACCACUGACGCGCACGAGUAUAUGAAUCUCUUGCUACUUCAUUGACUGAGUUACCGUGAUUUACAUCCUCUCACGUGACUUGUCGGGUCGAGCUGUGGGGGUUACGUUGCGGGAGAUUUCAUCUUUUUUGGAUCAAGCAUUUUAAACAAAAAGAAAGAAUAAAGAAUACGACAAAAACAAAAUCGUAAAGGUGGCAAAGAGCCAGAACACGCAUUUUGGAUUCCAUCACUCUAAAAAUUACCACGUACGGAGUAUUUAUUUAUUUACAUAUUUAAAAGUUGUUUUCAAAUUACUGCUAAAAAAGAUUAUCUAUGAAAUAUAUAAGAGUUGGGUUAAAACUUGAGAAAAUUGCCCAAAAUGGGUCUAAAACAUAGAUAAAAAGCCAAAGUAGGACAUAACAUCUUUUUUUCCCAUUAUAGGAGUCAUCGGCUCCUAGUUUAAGUUUCUGUCAUUUCUUCAAUGUCCAAAUUGCCCUUGCUUUUCUGAUAGCUCUCCUGCUCGUAGACACCGCCUCCAACAUCAUCGAUCUUCUUCUCCUGCGCCGUUCGUUCUCUUCUCUUGCACUAUCCGUUCUUCUGCUAAAUAGUAUCCAAGUUCAAUCUUCUUCUCCUAUUAUUUCUCAAACCACUCCAGGUUUGAUCUUGUUUGCUUCCUCCAUUUCCAUUCAAUUUGUUUAUUAGAAACUCCACCAAUUUCAGCUCUUCCUCCUCUGAUUUCUUCUUCUCUUUCUCUUUGUCUCCUCCAUGGAUUUUCUUCUUCUUCUUGCUCUGUUUUUUUAAAAUGGUGUGUUUGCUCUCAAAAUGUCAUGAAUGACAUCAAAACUGACAUCAUUUGGAAAACAUGUCAGAAAACAUGUUAUUUCUAAUAAUAAGUAGUUAUUUCAUUCUCAGAUAAGUCAUAAAAAUGGCAUAGAAUGCCAUAAGAAUGACAUUUUCUUAUGGACAUAUGACAUUUUCACAUUGUCAUUGUGAUAAAUGUACUGUCACAAACAUGACUGUUUUUUCAAAUAACCAAUAAUUUUGACAUUCUCAGAUUAUAAAAGUGACAUUUUGCUGAAUAAAUAAAAUUUAAAUCCAAAAAAUGCAAAGAAGAAGAGAACAUAGGACUACAAAUUUGAAGAUACUAGCUAGAAAAUCGUUGCGGCUUUGUUUUGAUUUCUCAUCCAAAAUUUUCUAAUCUAAAACAAUCUUUUAGAAUCCCAAAAGUAAGAAAGUGGACUGAAAAUUCAAAAAUCAAUAUAAAAAUGAAGCGGAGUACGAGUGGGAAGAAAAUAGAGGAGAAAAGAAGAGAAGAGGAGAAAAGAAGAGAAGAGGAGAAAAGAAGAGAAGAAGAAGUAGAGGAAGAGGAAGAAGAAAAAGAAGAAGAAUAACAAGCAGCUUGAGAUCAAGAACUUACCUGGGAAAACUGCAGCAGGGCUCGCAAGUGGCGAACCGGAAGAAGAGAGGCGCAGGGCAAAUUCAGCAUUCCGCUGUUAUUUUAGUCCUACGCUACUUCAGAUAAAACUAGUAGUCCUAUAAUGGAAUUUUUCACAAGUUUGAGUCCUAUUUAGGUAAAUCUCUCUAAAACUUAAAGCAUUUUUACCAACACGGUUUCCAAGACAUUCUCGCAGCUGGCAGAUAGAACUCGUUCCAAAAAACCGGAAACCGAAAAAUGUUUCAAAAUAAAUCGAACCACAAUCAAAUAAAACUGCAGUGCUAAAAAAUCGAAACCGGAUGUGAAAUUCGAAUCGAAUCGUAGUUGUUUGGUUCGGUUUUAGUUUUUACCCUUCAAUGCCGACCCGAAUAAACCGAUCGAACUAAUCAAAGUAUGAAAAUUUACUUGUUAAUUGUUAAGCAUCCAUCCUAAUAUCAUCGAUAUUCUGUGAUUUUUUGUGUCAGAAAAUUAAUUUUUGUAUUAUGUUUAAUGUAGUUUAUAAAUGCAUUUACACAUUCGUUGCUUAUAUUAAUUUUUGUAUUAUGUUGCAAUGUGUUGCAUGAUGGUGAUAUGUUUUACUCGUUAUUACUAGUACUUGGUUUUAUUUAUAUGUAACUUAAAAAUUUUAUAUUGAUAGAAACAAUAAAUAUAUAUCUCAACUACAUCACAUAGAACAUAUUUAUUCAUGAACACAUUGGAUAGGGUUAUUGUGCAUUAGAUUGACAAUUUGAGCGGCUAUGUCAGGCUUUCCUGACUGGAACCGUCGCCUGGCCCUCUCGAAUGCACUUUUAUUGAACUUUAUGAGCAUGUUUUUCAUAAAGUGUAAAUUAUUUCACCGAGUUCACGCUUAAAUUCAACCGGGAAGUCACUUAAAUAGUUUCUUGAAAAAUAUUGUGCUUUUAUACAUAUUUCGACGUAGUAUUUUUCACUAUAAAAAUUGAAAUUUUAUAAUAAAAAUUUAGUGUGGCCUUUUCCAAAUAAUAAGACUCCUUUUGUGAAUAUUUCUAAAAUAAAUACGGAGUAGAAUAGAUAAAAAAUAUAGGUUGAUUUAAAGUUUUCUAUAGAAGUAACUAACUAUUACAUUUAUGUAUUUAUUUAAUGGGAAAUUUUGAUUUUACACUCCACUUUUUCUGUGCAAUUUUGUAAUAUUUCAUCCCACUAUAUUUGUGAUCCGGGACAAUUGGAAGCAUGUGUAUAUGGACACAAAGUUCAACUCUCAUUCUCUCUAGAAUAAACGCCUCAAUCCCAACGGCUUCGAGCUCUGUCCCUUGUGGGGCCUUAGUCACCUUACCAAUUAUAGUCAAACAAAAGUAUGCCUUAUUUGAAUUACGAAGAAAUUCAGUCCUUCGAGUUUUGCACCAAUUCCAUAAUUAGUCAUCAUCUUUCAUUUUAUCCAUUUUUUGUAGCUGACUAUUGUUUUCUUGACCAUAUAUAAUCCUUUUCCGAUAGUAAAAAUGCUCAGAUAUGGACCACAAAUGGUCGAGAAAACAAUAAUUCGGUAUCAAAAAUGGAUAAAGUGAAAAACGAGUACUAAAUAUGGAAAUGACACAAAACUCGGAGGACUUAAAGUGGAAUUAAUUCUUUGAAUUACUACCCAGAAAGCUAUUUUUUUUUGAAAGGUACUAAAGGGUAAAAUACAGUCCGUUGAUUUUUAUUUAAACUCCAUGUUCUUCUAUUAUACAAAAACAAGAGAAAAAUGUGAACGGUGUUCCCGCUCAAAAAUAUCACACUCACAGGUCGGGUCAAGUCUGCAGUGGGUUGGGUCAGGUUUUCUAAGAUGGGUCGGUUGCAUUGGGUUUGUAGUCUGAAAUUAUGUGGCUAAAAUUUUACAGCAUUAAAUACAAAGGUCGUCAUCCAUUAAAGCAAUUUGUGAGGCUCAAUAAAAAGGACAUGUAGAAGACAAUUAUAAUAUUAAAAAAAGUUUAACUGUCAUUUCAAAUUAAUGGGUUUGUACUACAAAAUCUUUUCAUGUCAUUUGCAUAUCCGCAUGGUUUAAAUAAAGGGAGACGUGUAAUCAAAGCUCUUAUCUCAAAAAGUUCAAUGCAUUGCUUGAGUUCAUUUAAUGUUUGUACUACACAAUCUUUAGUAAAGAUUUAGGUUAAAUGGACCAUUGGUUAAAAACAAUUUUCGUUUUGGAGUACAGUUCAUUUAAUGGAAGCGGCUGAAGCAACACACAUCUUUGGGUCUUUGAACAUCGACAACAUUUUAGGAGAGGGGAUACACCAGAAGUUAUUUUUAAUCAUGAAGAGGAGAUGUACAAACUAGAAGUUGUUUCCCAAGAUGAAGAGGUAUAUCAAGUGCUUUAAACUCUUUUCGAAAAUUAUGCAAAUAGAAUUUUAUGUGUUUUUCGGUAAUGUGCAUAUUCUAUUAUAAUCUUUCUCGAUGUUUGAUAAACAUAGAUAUCAUUGGCAAGUUUCUGGGUAAGUGUGUUUCUCAAACACAUAGAAUCAAUUGCAACAAAAAAGGUAUAUAUAAAGGUAAAGUUAAGACUGUUUGGAUAAAUAAUUUCAUAUACCCUAGGGUUUAAAAACUAAAUUUUUUGAGUGAAGCAGAUAGGGGCAUAGGGCAUUGUUUUAAAAAUAGAUCGAUGUUCAGUUAACAUUUAGAUUGUUUAUUACAAAAAAUAGAAUUAUUUACUUAAAUCAUUGAAUAGUCAGAAGUUUAUUUUAGAAACAACCUGCCUCUGAUAAUUUAAAGUCAAAAAAGUAAAAAGCAAGACUUAAAAGUUUAGGGGACGAAGAUCAUACCUGGGAGUUUGACCAUCCAAUAAUAAAACCAUGCGAUCCCUAAUGUUAACUAGUUAAUCAUUACAUUUCAUUUACAAAUAAUACACAUUUGGGCACCUUAUUCAGGUCCAAGAUCUACCCUACUUAUUUACAUUUUAUAAAGAAAACAAUGCUAAUUUUCAAAAAUGUAAUCAAUCCUUUUGGAUUAGACCUGCAAUAUAAAAGAAAAUAUCAAUCACAUGCAGAAAAGCAAUUACACUUGUAAAUACAUCACCAUAUAAAUCCAUUGAUCUAAAAACGUAUUUAUUGACAUUAUUUAUUUAUUAUUCAUUAAAACAUGGUAUUAAAACAUGGAAUAUGGUAAAAAAUAAAAUUGGAGCAUUGUAUAUUUCUAUAUGAGAUCAAUAUUAAUAUGAAAGUUUACAUAAAAGUGGUCGUUCAAGAUGCAACUGAUGAUAAUCGAUAUUUCUGUUGGGCUGAUAUAUAAGUUUAAUAUAAUUUUUUGCAAGUUUAAAAAAUAUAUAUAUACUAAUUGUUUUGAAACAUGUAUGAUAUUGAUAUGAGUGUAUGUGAUAUUGAAUAGGCUUAAUGCAAAAUGUUUUGAUAUCAGUCAGUAUACAUUGAUCACUUAAGCUAUGCAUGUUUACUAUAGACCAUAUAAAUCAAAUUUGUCCAGAUUAUGUAUACUAAUAUGGAUUGCAGGCUUAAUGCAAAAUAUUUGUGAAUUUGGCUUUAAAUAGUGUUAUUGGGUAAUGGCCAUCAGGCUAUCAGAUCACACGGAUCCGAAGACCACUCAAGUGGCUGGCAAGGCAACUAGUAGCCUUAUGGUCAAGGGCCAGAAAUACCAGCAAUCACUUUUGGGCUUGACAAACAACUGGUGGCUCAUUAAACAUUGUUCAAAAAAGUUUGUAUAAAAAGCAGUUAGUUUGUACAAAAAAAGUACUGGGCUUCACAAAGAAGUAGUAAGAAACAUAACCUUUUCGAUAACAUUGUAUCCAAGUAAGUAUGAAUACAAAAAGCAUUAUAAUCACAGAGGUUUUAAAACAAAAUCUUUUCAAUUUCGAGUUUGAACUUGGGGACAUAAUGUUGUUGAAGAAACCACUUUUGUUUGAUUGUGUAUAUAUAUGU